UUCCACCACGUCAAUUUCGCUAACAUUCCUUAGUCAAAUCAACACACAAGUAUUUUGUGUGUGGUAGCCCAAACCGAACUAUUCUUUCUUGUUUUACUAGAGUGGGGUACUUCAUCAAUAUACCAAAAUGAAGUUUGGGAAAGAAUUUGCAUCCCAAAUGGUGCCGGAAUGGCAAGAGGCGUACAUGGACUACAAUUUUCUGAAGACCCUUUUGAAAGAAGUCCAACGUUUCAAGCUAAGAAGCAGGCCACCGGCAACUCCGGGUGGCCUGAAGAGAAAGAUGACACUGUACAGAGCUUUCAGUGGCCUAACACAGAGGCAGCAAAAUCAUCCAAGUCCCUCUUCUAAUGACAUCGAAAGCCAAGCCAUCUUGGUGAAUCCGGUAAACGGAGAAGGGUCGGAAAAAUACCAGACGACUUUCCUGAUGGCGGAUGACGAAGGAGGAGAGUACGAACUGGUGUACUUUAGGAGGCUGGACGAAGAGUUCAAUAAGGUGGACAAGUUUUACAAGGCUAAGGUCCAGGAGGUGGUGAAGGAAGCGGAAAUGUUAAAUAAGCAAAUGGAAGCUCUGAUUGCUUUUAGAAUAAAGGUGGAGAAUCCACAAGGGUGGCUGUGGGAAGAAAGGUCCGGUGACUUGACUCGGCUUGCUUCCGAUGUUGCAGCCUCUGCUGCUGCUCUGGCAGCUUCUACUCCAUCUGGGGCAAGAGCAAACAGAAGAGUUAAUCAUAUGGAGGUGAUUGGAGAGGGAUUGACUAGCCAUGAGCAUUCAGAUGAAGAUAGAGAUGAAAAGGACAACGAGAACUCUUUAGAGGAAAAUGUUGAAGCUCCAAAACAAGGAAAAAUACUUGAGCGCAAAAAACCAGCUCCAUUGCAAAUACUAAACCAUGUUAAGAUGAAUAACUCUCUUGAGACUCCUCGAUCAACCAUUAAAGGCGUCUUAAAUGUCCCUAACCACACUGAGCUUAAGUUCACUAGGCAGAAUCUAAGGAAAAUUACUUCAAGAAAUGCAGCAAAAUCUUACAUGAAAAUGGUAGAUAACUCCUAUCUUGGCAGCUCGGAUGAGGUUACCAAGCUUAUGGAGAGAGUUGAAGCUACUUUCAUUAAGCAUUUCUUUAAUGCCAAUCGUACCAAAGGCAUGAACAUUUUAAGACCAAAAGUAACGAGAGAAAGACAUAGAAUAACAUUCUCUACAGGUUUCUUUGCUGGCUGCACAGUUGCUUUGCUAGCAGCCCUAAUUUAUAUCAUCCGUGCACGCAAUAUAAUGGGUCAGCCAGGGCAGAAACAGUACAUGGAAACCAUGUUUCCUCUAUAUAGCUUGUUCGGGUUUGUGGUUCUGCACAUGCUGAUGUAUGCUGCCAACGUAUAUUACUGGAGGCGCUAUCGGGUGAAUUAUGCCUUCAUUUUUGGUUUCAAACAGGGAACAGAACUAGGCUACAGAGAAGUUCUCCUCCUAAGUUUUGCACUUGGAACAUUAGCUAUGGUCAGUGUACUAUCCAGUCUUGACAUGGAGAUGGAUCCUAAUACAAAGUCUUACGAAGCCUUCACUGAGCUUCUCCCUCUCUUCCUUGUCAUUACAGUACUCGUUAUUCUGUUCUUGCCAUUCAACAGACUACGUCGAUCAAGUCGAUUCUUCUUCCUAACAUGUUUGUUCCACUGUAUCUGCGCUCCUCUCUACAAGGUGAGACUGCCAGAUUUCUUCCUAGCAGAUCAGUUCACCAGCCAGGUUCAAGCAUUUAGAAGCCUUGAGUUCUACAUUUGCUACUAUGGCUGGGGAGACUUCAAACACAGGCUAAACACAUGCAACUCUAGUGAUGUAUUCAAAGCUUUCAAUAUCAUCGUUGCUCUGAUUCCGUACUGGUCUCGCUUCCUUCAGUGUCUGCGUCGGCUUUAUGAAGAGAAAGAUCCUUUGCAAGGAUAUAACGGACUGAAAUACUUGGUGACAAUACUUGCUGUAUGUUUUAGAACAGUGGGUUACACUCUUAACAAAGGUGUGACAUGGAAAGUGUUGGCCUGGAUUUUCUCAGUGAUUGCAGCUGUUGUUGGCACAUAUUGGGACCUUAUCUACGACUGGGGACUUCUACAGCUUCGUUCUAAGAACAAGUGGCUGAGGGACAAACUCCUCCUCCCUCAGAAGAAGAUUUAUUUCAUAGCAAUGGCCCUGAAUGUGUUGCUGAGAUUUGCGUGGCUGCAAACUGUGUUGGGUUUCACCUUGUUCUCUUUACACACACAAACCAUGGUCACCCUGGUUGCUUGUCUGGAGAUCAUUCGUCGUGGUAUAUGGAAUUUCUUCAGGCUGGAAAAUGAGCACUUGAACAAUGUAGGCAAAUACCGUGCGUUCAAGUCUGUACCGCUGCCUUUCAACUAUGACGAGGACGAAGACAAAGAUGAGUAGGUUGUUUUGAUCCAUCUGAUCAGAAACAGGGAACUCGAGAACAGUUUUCAAAGAGAGGAAUAAAGGGCCAUGGCUGUUGUUCUUUGAUGUUAAGCCGGCAAAUCUGAAUUCA